AUGAUUGCUUUCAAUCCCCUUACUACUAUUCUUACUCAAAACAAACUUGAGGGUUCGAAUUAUGUUGAUUGGAAACGAAACUUGGAUAUUGUCCUAAUUGCUGAAGAGUACAAAUUUGUGCUCGAUGAGGUGUUUCCAGAAAAACCUGGAGAUGAUGCUACGGAUGACGAACAAAAACAUCAGUCGAUGGAGUCUGCUUAUGACAUUCUGGAAAAUCUCAAAGAAAUGCUUGGAGAUCAGAAUCGUGCGGCUAAGCAGACUGCCAUGAAAGCUCUUCUAAAUACCAAAAUGGUUGAAGGUUUAUCGGUUAGGGAUCAUGUUCUGAAGAUGAUGAGUCUUAUAAAUGAACUGGAGGUCUUGGAGCUAACAUUGAUAAGGAUGCGCAGGUUGAAAUGA